UCUGCGGUCAAAGGUCACUCCGUUUGAUUGUUGCAGGCGAUUGGCUGAUUCUCAAUGUUAUGAAACUCCAUUGGCUGUCCGACCACACGCCUGCUAUCAGCCUGAGACAGCACAACAAACGACAAGGUUCUCCAUGUGUGUCUGACUGAUCCAGCAGUAAGGAUGCUGACUGCACAGAGAGCGUGUGCAGCGAUGGCUGCCGGGCGCCUGAUCAGAGCUUCUGUCUCCUCCUCGUACACGCACCGAUCUCUGAUCCACACUUCCGUGCCAUGUCGGGACCAGGAGGAGCUGCAUCCUGAGUGGGCCAACUUGGCUAAGAAGCAGCUGAAGGGGAAGAACCCAGAAGAUCUGAUCUGGCGCACACCUGAGGGAAUCAACAUCAAACCCGUGUACACCAAAGCAGACACAGCAAAAAGUCCUGAUGAGCUGCCAGGAGUGUUUCCCUACACUAGAGGGCCCUAUCCUACCAUGUACACCUACAGACCGUGGACCAUCAGGCAGUACGCCGGCUUUAGCACUGUGGAGGAGAGCAACAAGUUCUACAAAGACAACAUUAAAGCCGGUCAGCAGGGUCUCUCUGUGGCCUUCGACCUCCCGACGCACCGCGGCUACGACUCCGACAACCCCAGAGUCCACGGAGACGUCGGCAUGGCUGGAGUGGCCAUAGACACCGUUGAGGACAUGAAGAUGCUGUUCGAUGGAAUCCCGCUAGAGAAGAUGUCCGUUUCAAUGACAAUGAACGGAGCAGUUAUUCCCGUGCUGGCGAUGUUUAUUGUGACUGGAGAGGAGCAGGGCGUGUCCAAAGCCAAACUGACCGGCACAAUUCAGAAUGAUAUUUUGAAGGAGUUUAUGGUACGCAACACCUAUAUCUUCCCCCCGGAACCUUCCAUGCACGCCAUUGCAGACAUCUUUGCGUACACGUCCAAGCACAUGCCUAAGUUCAACUCCAUCUCCAUCAGUGGCUACCAUCUUCAGGAGGCUGGAGCUGAUGCCAUCUUGGAAGUAGCCUACACCAUCGCCAACGGCCUGGAGUACUGCCGCACUGGUCUGAAAGCAGGUUUAACCAUCGACGAGUUCGCCCCAAGGCUGUCGUUCUUCUGGGGUAUUGGCAUGAAUUUCUACAUGGAAAUUGCCAAGCUGAGGGCAGCCAGAAGGUUAUGGGCCACACUCAUUAAAGAGAAUUUCCAGCCCAAGAAUGCCAAGUCUCUCCUCCUCCGCACACACUGCCAGACUUCAGGCUGGUCUCUCACCGAACAAGAUCCGUACAACAACGUGAUCCGCACAGUGAUCGAAGCCAUGGCCGCUGUGUUCGGGGGAACCCAGUCGCUGCACACCAACUCUUUCGACGAAGCUCUCGGUUUGCCGACGGUGAAGAGCGCUCGCAUCGCCAGGAACACCCAGAUCAUCAUCCAGGAGGAGUCGGGGAUCCCAAAAGUGGCUGAUCCAUGGGGAGGCUCGCACAUGAUGGAGUCCCUCACAGACGAUGUCUAUAACACAGCCCUGAAGUUCAUUAAAGACAUUGAGGAGAUGGGAGGCAUGGCUAGAGCUGUGGCGGAGGGCAUUCCAAAGCUUCGUAUUGAAGAAUGUGCUGCACGUAGACAGGCCCGCAUCGAUUCAGGAUCGGAGGUCAUCGUCGGGGUGAACAAGUACCGUCUGGAAAAAGAGGAGACUGUGGAGGUGCUGGCCAUAGAUAACACCAUCGUACGCCAGAAACAGAUUGAAAAACUGAAAAAGGUGAGAGAGACUCGGGACCCAGAGGCAGCCAAGAAGUGCCUGGCAGCCAUUGAGGAGUGUGCUCGAACCAGGGAGGGCAACCUGUUGGCCCUGGCCGUGGAGGCAUCACGAGCCAGAUGCUCUGUUGGUGAAAUAACUGACGCCAUGAAGAGUGUGUUUGGUGAACACAAGGCCAGCACCAGGAUGGUGAGCGGCGCUUAUCGCAGUGAGUUUGGAGAGCAUGAGGAGAUCGCUCUGGCCCACAACAGAGUUGCAGAUUUUAAGAAGCACGAGGGCAGGAACCCUCGUCUGCUGGUGGCAAAGAUGGGUCAGGACGGCCAUGACAGAGGAGCCAAAGUCAUCGCCACAGGGUUUGCUGACCUCGGCUUUGACGUAGACAUCGGACCGUUGUUUCAGACUCCCCUGGAAGUGGCCCAGCAGGCCGUGGAUGCAGAUGUUCACUGCGUGGGGGUCAGCACGCUCGCUGCCGGACACAAGACGCUCGUCCCAGAGCUCAUCAAGGAACUACGGAAGCUCAACAGACCGGACAUCCUGGUCAUCUGCGGAGGUGUCAUCCCGCCACAGGACUAUGAGUUCUUGUACCAGAGCGGAGUUUGUGCCAUCUUCGGACCAGGAACCAGGAUCCCACAAGCUGCAGUGGAGGUUAUUGACAACAUUGAGAAGAGCCUGGAAAGCAUACGGCAGGCUAUGUAAACACAAACAAACAAAAAACAAUACUACGUGUUUAUUUGUGUCACAAAUCAGAGCCAACACUUCAGUACAUAAUCUGUUUGAGAAUGGAAAAAACAAAAUGUCAUUGCCCACUGUGAGCUCGCUGUUGCAGUGUUGCAUUCUCUGUAGAUUCAUAUUUUGAAUGUUAAUUGCUCAUAGUUGCUUUUUGUUGUAUUUCUGUCACGGUAUCACAAACUCUAAAGAUGCAAUGUCGCACAUCACCGCUUUAGUUUGGUAAAUUAACUUUAGCUUGGUAAUUAACAGAUUUACCCGUUGCAGCACGCCUGUGUGUGAAUUGCAUUGAUAGAAAGGUUGGUAAUAUCCUGUAAAUAUCCCACAAAUUCCAGAAUAUGAUUUUAAACCCAAAAUACUUCCAUAUGUGCAAUAGACUUACCCACACUUAAGCAAAACCUUAAAACAUACACUAUUUAUUGAGGCUAUCAUGUGACAGAAAUUCAGCUUCAGGUGAGUAUUUUUUGUCAUCUAAGAUAAAACACCAGACAACCUGCUCCGUUACUGUGGAUUGGAUUAGUGUCAGUGUGGUGUCUUCUUUUCAUGGAUAUUAUCAUCCAGACAGUGGCCUUCUCAUCUCAUCUCAUCAAUUUAAUUUAAGCAGCUUCUGUUCAAGGAUCAACUCACAGCACACUGGUAGCGGUGUGUGAAGCAGUUGGAAAUAGUAUUUUUCUACUUGUUCUGAAUCAGGUUUGAUCUCAAUAAAGUCUGUGAACUUUGGAA